UGGGAGGGAGGAGAGAGAGAGAGAGAGAGAGAGAGAGAGAGAGAGAGAGAGAGAGAUGCUCAGCAGCAGCUUCGGUAGUUUUGGCUCUGGUGAAGCGCAGGACGCAACGAUCUGUCCCGGCUUUCCCUCGAUGGUUCACCGCAGCCCGAAGGAGGGAAAAACCUUCCACCGCUGUCCGGAAGUCAGCACCCAGGAGCCGCACACACACUGACAGCAGCAGUGGCUCGGACAGAUAUGUUGAAGCCGGGAGAACCAAGCGGCUCGGCCUUCCUUAAGGUGGACCCGUCCUAUCUGCAGCACUGGCAGCAACUUUUCCCUCAGACGCAGCUCAAGGUUCCUCUGGUUCCACCACCUCCACCUCAGCUGUCUCAGCCUGACCGCCUCUCCAUCUCCAUGGACAGCCUGCACCCAUCCCGCCUUCACAGUCACCUCCUGGCCUCCACACACUGCACCUCCUCUUCUUCUUCCUCUUCUACGUCCUCCUCAGCAGCUUCUUCUUCAGCAGCAGCCGCAGCAGCUCUCACUCCAUCCUCCUCUAUCUCCAUCUCUGCCUCCGGUGGGCUCUCUCUUCUGCCUGUGCCCCAGCAGAUCGCACUCUUUGGACAGGCCUUGGCCCCAGUGUGUGCUGGGCCUGGAGGUCCUGGAGGAGGAGGAGGAGGACCAGGAGGAGGUGGAGGAGGAGAUCUGGUGGUCGUUGUCCCCCCAGAAAAUCAGCAGGGUCAUCAUCACAACCCAGUGGCAGCAGUGGGGCUCCUCCAUCAGGCCAAAGAGCAGAGCUGUGGUGGGGUGGGGGUGGUGUCGUCCAGCGUGAAGAGCAGCAGUGGGGGAAGCGGAGGAGGCGGAGGAGGGGAGGACAGCGGGAAAGGAGCGACAGCGAGGUUCAAGCUCACGUCGGAGGAGCUGGACUACUACCUGUAUGGACAACAAAGGAUGGAAAUCAUCCCACUGAGCAACCACACAGGAGAGCUCAACAACCGUUGCGACAUGUGUGCAGACAACAGGAAUGGCGAGUGUCCGAUGCACGGUCCCCUUCACUCCCUACGUCGUCUUGUCGGCACCAGCAGCUCAGCGGCACAGGUCACUCUGCCGGACGUUCCUGAUUGGCUGAGAGAUUUGCCCAGAGAGGUGUGUCUGUGCACCAGCACAGUUCCUGGUCUGGGUUAUGGAAUCUGUGCGGCUCAGAGGAUUCCUCAGGGAACCUGGAUCGGACCGUUCCAGGGCGUCCCUCUGAUGCUGGACAAACUGCACUCUGGAGCAGUGAGGAACUCGCGCCACCUGUGGGAGAUCUACGACGCAGAGGGGACAUUACAGCACUUUAUCGAUGGUAAUGAUCCCAGUAAAUCCAGCUGGAUGAGAUACAUUCGCUGUGCCAGACACUGUGGGGAGCAGAACAUGAUGGUUGUACAGUACAGGUCCUGUAUCUUCUACAGAGCGUGCAUGGACAUCCCCAGAGGGACAGAGCUGCUGGUUUGGUACAACGACUCCUACACUUCAUUCUUCGGCAUCCCGCUGCAGUGCAUCGCUCAGGAUGAUAACUUAAACGUCCCAGGCACAGUGAUGGAGGCCAUGACCAGACAAGAGUCCCUCCAAUCCUUCAGCAAGAACAGCAAACCCUCGUCUUCCUCUUCCUCUUCUGCUUCCUCCCCCUCCACCACAAUCAUGCGCUCCAUGGUCUUCCCCCACUCCCCCUGCUCCAGGAGUUUCUCCCUCUUGGACAAGGUUGGGGUUCAGUCAGACUCCAGUUUGAGCCAGUUGGCGUUAAAGAACCAGCGAGUCCUGGCGAGCCCAACCUCAACCAGCCAGCUGAACGGCGAGUUCAGCGACUGGCACCUGUGGAAGUGUGGCCAGUGCUUCAAAACCUUCACCCAGAGGAUCCUGCUCCAGAUGCACGUUUGUCCACAGAAUCCUGACAGACCGUACCAGUGUGGCCACUGUUCCCAGUCAUUCUCUCAGCCGUCAGAGUUGAGGAACCAUGUGGUGACGCACUCCAGUGACCGACCCUUCAAAUGUGGAUACUGCGGUCGAGCGUUUGCUGGCGCCACAACUCUCAACAACCACAUCCGCACGCACACCGGAGAGAAGCCGUUCAAGUAAGUAACAGUGUGAGCGUUGUGACCGCAGCUUCACACAGGCCACUCAGCUCAGCCGUCAUCAGCGACUUCCCAACGAGUGUAAACCAGUGAAUGAAAGCAGCGAGUCCAUCGAGGUGGAUUAACUGAAAACCCACAGAGACACGUCCACGUUAAAGCAGCUCCACCUGAAAACAGAACUUUGUCCAUGCUUAGACAACUGAGACUACAUCCACACAAACUAUGCUCUGAAUACACCUGCCUUCCACACUACCCAACAUUUCACAGCCCACAGAGGUUUAAAAAAGUUUGAAAGUCAUUUUUAGUCUGGAUGGGCAGAAAAGGAGACCUGAAAAACAAUGUUGCACUUACCUGGACUCUUCCUUUCCUUCCUAUCAGCUGUGAUGACACUUAGUCACACUAGUCUCACUUUCACUCUACCAUUGAGUGUCUUUCUUUUUACCAUUGUUGUUUCCUGUGAAUUGUUCUUGCUUAAACUGAACAAACACCAGCAAGAGAAUGUCCAGUGAACAUCACCUGUUUGACAUUAGUAUGGAUGCAGAUUACGUGGAGCUGAAUGAAAACAUAGUAGUGUGGAUGAAGCCUAAGUGUCAGCGUGGACAACGAUCCCAAGAACAGAAACAUGUAAACACCAGCCUGUGUUUUAUCGUGGACAAAGAUAUCGAGGACAACU